AUGCACUCCUUGCUAUUUGUCUCUGCCCUCGCAGGCUCUACGCUUGCCUUUUCUGGCCACCACAGCUUCACCAACUCGACUAUCUCUCACCACUCAUCCACUUCUACUCUGCUUCCUACAGGCGGAGGAGGUGGUAAGCCUACUCAUCCUGGUGGCACUGGCACUGGUACUGGCACUGGCACUGGCACUGGCACUGGCACUGGCACUGGCACUGGCACUGGCACUGGCACUGGCACUGGCACUGGCACUGGCACUGGCANACUGGCACUGGCACUGGCACUGGCACUGGCACUGGCACUGGCACUGGCACUGGCACUGGCACUGGCACUGGCACUGGCACUGGCACUGGCAAUCCUCCACCUACACGGCACCACCUACUACAGCACCUGGUUGACGACCUCUACCUAUGAGACAACCACCUGCUACACCACUCAGCUCCCCACAGCGAUCCCACCGCCUCCCCAGACCACAACCGUCAGUCUACCCGGUCCAGGAAACGUCUGCCCCCCUCCAUCCACGGUCACCGUAACCGUCACUGUAGGAGGCGGCAGCGGCAGCGGCAGCAAUCCCCCAACGCACACGCAGGCACCAGCACCCGGUGGAGGCAGCGGAAGCGGAAGUGGUACUGGUCCCGGACACUGCAAGCACUGCGAGACCAUCACCUACACCAACACAUACGGAUACACGACCACUAUCGUGAUUCCCCCGAUCUCGGAGCCCACGAGCACUGAGACUGCGCACCCCACGGAAACGGGAACGACUACCAAGCCUACUCCCCCUGUUGGCACCGGUACUGCGCCCAGUCACAGUCACACUCGGCGACCACCGACUGGCACCGGGGGCGAGCAGGCUCCUACUGAGACGAAGACGUGGCACUUUGAGAGGAGGAUGGUGAGGGUAUAA